AUUCGCGCACACGAAUCCCAACCCGAUUCAGUUCGACGUUGUUUCUCAAAUUGUUGAGUACCCGUACGUGUUGCGCGAGUUCUUUGCAACUGUUGUAAAUGUGGGGAGCGAAAAAUUGUACUGUGUAAAGUACUAGGAAAGUUUACAUAGGCAUUUGCCCUCACUUUCUACACACACCUGUUGAAAAAAAAAAUAUUAAAAACAUUUUUCGCUUGUUUUGCUCCGUUCGGGACAGUUCUUGCUGACUAUUUCGGUUGUUUUGUAGUGUGCGAGCGGCACGGACAGCGGUGUUUAUAGUGUUGGUACUGUGGAGGAGUUAGUUGUUGGCCUUGACUUAUUAUGGUAAUUCAUUACUUCACCCGUAAGGCAGUUGGUCAAAAUCCUACAGGACAUUAAGAUCGCCGUUCAUUUUUACCAGGUCGCCGGAUUAUAUAUCCACCGUUUACUGUAAAACCUGCUUGGCACUUACUGUAGCGGUGAGAGCAGGUCCAGACACUCGGGCGGCUUGCUUAGAUUAAUCGGGUAUCAUCCGGAACCCGCAACUACAUAAAUCUACAUUCCAAAGUCAAGCCAUUAUACGGUCAUAUAAGGGCAAAGUAUCAGAUUAUUCUGCAUGCGUUGCACAAAGUAGAAUAUUUAAAAUACAGUCUUCCAGUAUGCAAACUGUUUUAGUUGGAUUCGAUAAAUGUUUUAAUUGAGUGGCCUGCAUCUUUACCUGCAAAACGAUCUCAACAGCCGAAAUUCUAUCUAUUACGGAAACAGUUUGCGAUGAAUCUUGCCGUAAUAAGUAGAAGUUGUUGCAAGUCGACGAUGCGUAGCUGGGGAAAGCUGCCCUGUGGGUCGGCAAGCAUGCAUAAGCUGCGUGGUUCCCCGAGGAUCAUCGUUCUUUUAUUCUAUUUUAUGUGCUUGUGGAGCCGAGUGACUGGAAUGUGCCCUGCUCGUUGUGAAUGCAACGAUGAAAUACUUCGAGUAAUUUGUGAUUCUGCUAACCUUGAUGUCGUCCCAAUAACACUCAAUCCUGAGUUACGUGAAUUGAGGUUGAGCAACAAUCACAUCAAGGGUGUUCGGGUAUCUUUUAACGUCUACCGUAAUCUGGAAUUCCUGGAUGUCUCUCAUAACCAGUUAGUAAAUCUGGGCAAAGAAAACUUCGCUGUUCUUGAACACUUGACGGUUCUGCUUGUGAAUCGGAACAUGAUUUCUCUUCUCCAAAACGAUACUUUUAAAGGGCUAAAUGCGCUCAAAGUAUUACAUCUGAAUGAAAACUACUUGGAUGAAUUACCACCAAAAGUUUUCGUGCACCUUGAAAAUUUAGAAUUGCUAGAUCUUUCUCAAAAUAGAAUUGCAUCAAUAGAACCAGAAGCGUUUUAUGGAUUGAAGAAUUUAAAAACGUUGUUACUUCGUGAUAAUCAGUUGACUAACAUUCCUAGCACAUCAUUCCAAUAUAUAUCCGAAUUAGUCAAAUUGGAUUUGGGUCUCAAUUCUUUUCAUGACAUUCCUGAAAAUUCCUUUUCUUCUUUAAAUAUCCUUCAAGAACUGUCUCUAGAUGGAUGCGGCAUUCGAGUUAUACAGUACGGAGCCCUGAAGUGGCUGAACUCGCUACUUAUACUUCGUAUUCAUGAUAAUGAGUUAAGUGAGGCUCCCACAAAAGCCCUAUUUGACGUCAUUCGUUUGGAAGAGCUACAUAUUGGGCAAAACAAAUUCCGAGAGCUGAAAGCAAAAUCGUUUCAAAGGCUUAAGUUCUUGAACAAAAUUGAGAUAAAUGGCUGUCCUGCUCUGCAACAAAUUGAAAAAGGCGCUUUUUCGGAUAAUAUCAAUCUGAAAGCUAUAGUCAUCAACCACAACAAAGUCUUAAAGCACAUACAGGAUGGAGCCUUCGACAAUCUACCAAAUAUCCACCACGUUAGCUUCAGGGGUAAUGCUUUUGAAACUUUUCAGUACAGUCUACUUCCAUGGGAUGAAUUGCAGUCCUUGGACGUGAGGGACAAUCCUCUAGUGUGCAAUUGCAGCCUUCUAUGGCUUUGGAAGUUAUUAAUGACCAAAAAUUUUUCUUCAUUUGAGGGUCAGAGUGAUGCGACCCAAGUCGUUUGCGUAAGCCCUCCAGGACUUAAGGACAGGAUCCUUGCCAAUCUGCCGGAAGAUGACCUGGAUUGCUACAGCAUGGACACCAGGCGCCAACUUAUUAUCGGUGUAGUUGUAGCUGGAGCCAUCGGUUCGGCCGUCAUAAUCAUGCUAAGCUUCAGAUAUAGGGACAAACUGGCUGGAGUUUUGAAAACAAAGUGGGGUCGUGGUAGGAAAGAGCCACAGUAUCAGAAGACUAGUGCUGAAGAAGAGAGUACUAUUCUUCAGGCGACAGCACAACAAUCGCUAAAGAUGACGCCCGUCACUGAACUGUGAUAGUUCCGACUCUUCUUCCAUUUGCUGGGACUAAUUUUUCCUACUUUUGUUACUCUAGCGUUGCAAGUUUCUUCAACUAAAACGAUUACAUCUUAGAGAAACCAUAUAUUACUUUUCAACGUGAUUUUUUUUUCGUACAUUUGGUCAAUACAGAAAUAAUUCACGAUGAGCGGUAAAAGCUUUUACACGAUGUGUUUUCUUAAGCUAGUAAUUAUAAAACCACGUGAAGUCUUUCACACCCAGCCACAUUGGUGAUUUAAGAUUUGUGAUAGUGCUAAACAUUUAUUUCGGAAAUAUAGCAAAAGUAAGUCUGAGACUAUUGGCGGCAACAUUCCAUGUCAUUACAUAGCACUGUAAGGUUUUUCUAAAUGAGCUAUGAUUUACUUACACAUGACUUGUUUGAAAAUAUAUACUUUUAACUAGUUUAUAUUAAAUUUUCGUAUCACAUGUUUCUGCAUAAAAUUACAGUGAGAAGUGUACGAAACAUUCAUAUUUUUAUGUACAGAUUUAUUACCUGCAACGCUAUUGCGACAAACGGCAGAUUGAAAUACGUAUUAUUGUUGUUAAUUCCUGAAAAUGCUAUCAAAACCGCUUUAAUGUCAAGAAGGCAUUAAGUGAAAACAUAGUGUGAUAACUGUCAACAUCAUAUAACUCAUCAAGUUGUUGGCUUUAAAAGGUUUUCGUUCGAAUUCAUUAGUUUUAUUCAUUGUACUUGUGAAAUUUCCUUGUAUAUUGUGGUUUCGACUUCUGUAAGACUGUGAGUGCCUAAUUUCAAAAUAUAUAUGCUUAUUUCUCUGGAGACUAUUCGUUCGAAAGAUAAUCAAACUGGUUCGUUUUCUUCCCUGUGAAAUUAUUAUAUGUGAAAUGCUGAGCAUCAGAGAAGAAGGAAAACUUAUUGACAUUAGUUUGUACUGUGAAUUCUGUUUCUUCGAUAUUCAUUAUGCUGUAAAUUUAAAUUACGCUAUUCCUAAAGAAAGAGCUUGUAUAUAUUUCUUGUCAUGUGUUCUUUUAUGUUAAAGGAAAUUAUGAAAUAAAUUACUUUUAGGUUCUUGUUGUCAA